AUGCCGGAGAAUACUUUUAACAGCGACGGCGAGUCUCCCGUCUGCUCCGUCCAGGAGUUCACCGGCACCGCAUUCGAUUUCAUUAUCUGUGGUGGUGGUACGGCAGGGUGUGCAAUCGCAGCUCGCCUUAGCGAAAACCCUAAUAUAACGGUUGGGAUUAUUGAGGCGGGCAAAUAUCGCCUUGGGGACCCGCUGGUCGACACGCCAGCUAGCUUCCUGCAGAUGUUUGGGGACUCGGACUAUGACUGGUGCUUUUAUACGGCUCCUCAAGAAGCCAAUCACGGUAAGAUUCACCACAUGCCCCGUGGGAAGCUUCUUGGUGGCUCGAGCGGCAUCAACUACAUGAUGUAUGUCCGAGGCUCAUCGCAGGACUACGACGACUGGGCGGCGCUUGUAGAAGACGAUGGUUGGUCCGCAAAGUCGAUGCAACAGUAUUUCAGGAAACAUCAGAUGCUGGAGCAAAUGGAUCCAGCGGUAAUUGAAGCCUCGUCACCUUUGAUGAAUGAAUUUCACGGCACAACUGGCCCUGUUAAAACGAGCUUCAACCAUUCCAACCUGCCUAUUGAGAGUGAAAUUAUCAACGCCUGUGGAGAAGUAACAGGGACCCUAAAGAAGCCAAACGAUGCGUGGAGCGGCGACCAUAUUGGCUUCUACCACACUCUGGGGACGGUUGCACGAACGGGUCCAAAUCGUGGCAAGCGGAGUUAUGCUGCAAGAGGGUACUACGAACCAAACAAAUUACGAUCGAAUCUGAAACUUCUUUGUGAGGCUCACGUAAAUAAAGUGGUCCUGGAUGGUACUAAAGCCACGGGCGUUAGCUUCACUUUCCAAGGAAACGAGUACCAGAUCUCUGCAAAGCGAGAGGUGAUAAUCAGCGGGGGAACUAUCCAGUCUCCCCAGAUUCUGGAGCUGUCCGGAAUAGGGGACCCUGAGGUGCUUCGGGCCGCCGGCGUUGAAUGUCAAGUGGAGAAUUGUGGCGUUGGCGCGAAUGUGCAGGAUCAUUCGCUGGCUCUCAUGGUGUGGGAGGUUCAACCGGGUGUAAUAACCCUUGAUACCCUCCAUCAGGUUCCAGAGGCUAUGCAAGCGGCUAUGAAACAAUACAUGGAGACCCGUACUGGGCCGUUGAGCUGUAUCGCAAGCACACAGGGCUUUCUCCCUGCUAAGCAGAUCAUGUCCCCAGAGGAGUUGGCGGAGGCUAUUGAAUCUAUCCGGAAUACAAAAUCAACUACUGCAUUCCACGAGAAACAAUUGAACCAGAUCAUAGCGCAUUUAGAGAGCGACGAUUCGGCAAAUCUGCAGAUCAUUAUUGUGCCAGCGACGGCUAAUGCUAAUGGCGUUGAGCAUCAGACCGAGAUAUUUCCUCCACGUCCCGCCGACAAACCCGCUGGGUUUACAGCUGCUCUGUGUCUCCAAUAUCCAGUUUCACGAGGCCAUAUCCAUAUCCAAAAUGCUGACCCGUCGAAGCCACCAGUUAUCCAGCCAAACUAUAUCACUCACGAGGCUGAUGUUGCGUUGUUGGCUGCUUUUGUGCGCUGGGCAGACAAGGUCAGUCAAGCGGAAUCAGCUAAGCCCUCGAUUUCAGCCAGGGCCAUUCCUAGUCCGUCCAUCGACGUCCAGAAUCUCGAUGGCGCGAAACAGGCUGUUCGGGAUUUGGUGAUGGGGGAGUAUCAUAUCUGUGGCUCAGUAGCUAUGGGUGACGCCUUGGACUCGCGUCUUCGAGUCAAGGGAGUUCAGGGACUUCGAGUCGCUGAUGCUUCCAUCUUCCCGAACAAUGUUAGCGGAAAUAUUGUGAGCACCGUCUAUGCUGUUGCAGAAAAGGCAGCCGAUCUGAUCAAGGAGGAUUGGGGUCUGUGAUUCAAUCUUGCACGGCAAAUUAGGAUUUCUCGCUAUAUUGCAGAUUUGUUAAUCUUCACCUGUUGAACCACCUAUGCCUUCUCGCCUGGUACGGGUGUUGUGGACAAAUGUACGCGAUGUUUUAUUUUCUAGGUGUAUAGCAG